GGCUGUGCUCAUCGCCGCCUCUCAGGGGCAGAGGUAGAGGGGGCCUGGACGCCACAGCCCGCGGCGCGCCCCCGCUCCCCGCGCUGCGCCCCGGCCCGCCCUGCCCUGCUCCGCGGCGUGGCUCCACUCCGCCCCCUCCUCCUCUUCUCUCCUCCCCCUCCCUGCAGCUGGCGAGCCGGGCCAGGAGGGCGGCCGGUGCAGCCGGCACGUCGCUGACACUCGCGCCGAGGUGGCAUGAAACAUCCUGUUUGUAAGCAUACACAUGAGGAAUGCUCUGGGCACACCUUGAUGAGUUACUUUGGCCUCUUGUAAAAACCUAAAUGGCAGCUCAGAAAAGGAAGUCUGUGUUAGUAGAGCCUUCUGCUAAACGUCCCAGGCUGGACAAGAACUGCAAACAGUCAUCGGUGAAGAAAGAGAGAGAGGUGUCAGAUACAAGACAUGUCUCGAGUAAAUCAAAGCCUAAUCAGUGUGCAGUGCAGGAGAAAACUGUGCUCAAAACCUCUGUCAAAUCAAACAGUGACAGCAGCCCUGAGCCCGAGCUGGGAACGCGCAUGACCACGAGAUCAGCGGCACUCAGCUUGAACAGCAAACCAGCCCUCGACAGAAAGGUCCAGCAGCAGCCCAAAUCUGCAAAAGCUAAGGAGCUGUGCCAGAAAAAAUGUGUGCAGGGAGCUCCUGAGUCCAAGUGUGUGCUUGCACCCAAGGAGCCAGCAACGAGGAGAUCGCAGCGCCUGCGGCAGCUGACGUGCACCAGCGUGCAGCUCCCGGCCAGGUCCCUGCGCAGCAGAGAGCUCUCAGAGGAGAAAGCUUUGGAAGUUAAACAGAGUCACUCUGCAAAAAGGCACUCUCACAGUGUGGCAGCAAAAGCUGCUGCAUCUGCUGGGGAGAAAACAGAACCCAAAAACACAAGGACUAAGCCAAACAAUACGAACGAGGGAACGAGAAAAGGAACAGCUGCGGAGGUGAAAAGCUCUCCAAAAGAGAAAAGGUGUAAAGCAGAGAGUAAAAGUGACAAUUCCAAUGGCUUUCAGCACAGCCUGCCAGCGUCAUCAUGUCCUGCUGGCAGUCCUGAAGCAGUUAGGAAAGAGCAAAGGGACUCUGUAUCUCCUGCUCCUGGCGGUGCAAGGGAAGCGGAAGCGGAUCCGCUUAAGCCAAAUUCUAAGACGGCGACUAAGGAGAAGCAACAAAUGCAGCAGAAUGUGAGAAACAGUCCAAAACCAAAAAAGAUGCCAGAGCCAUCUGCAAGUGAGGCAAAUGUGGCUGAGCAGCCAGAGAGUGAUGGGAGAUCCAAAAGGGUGAGCAUCCUGGAGCUGUGCGAGGAGAUCGCCGGUGAGAUCGAGUCGGAUACAGUGGAGGUGAAAAAGGAUUCCCCUGCUGCCGAGUCCAGCAAAGCAGAAGGAAAGCCUGCUGAGGGCCAGGCUCAGCAGAGUGAAAGGCUUCCUCAGGAAGAGCCCACUCAAAGCACCCAAUGCAAACGCUUUUUCCCUAGCAAAAAAGGGAUGCCUGUCAAAUGCACUCUGAACGGGAGGAGCAACACCUCAAGCAAGAACUCCAAGUGGACCAAAAUUAAGUUACUCAAAGCUAGCAACAUGAAGCAGAGUAGCUGCAGUCCUGCACAUGCCCUCAAGCUUUUAACGUUAAAAGAGGACCCUGAGCUUUCAGAGGCCAGUCCAGCAGCUGCAGAAGCAGAGCUCUCGAAGGCACACAGCAAGCUGUCGGUAGCAGGACUCUCUGAGGAUGAAAGUGCAACCUGUGUGCAGGAUCCUUCACCUGAGAGAGCUGCACCUCUGAAAUCAGAGACAUUAGAACUGAAACAGCCCUCCAGGAGAGGUGCAGAGAAUGGCUUGUUGGGUAAUUUGACCAAACCUGCCUGUGAGCCAAGAGCAGAUGAGAACUUUCAAUUAAACUUGGAGUCAAGUCCAGAAAGUUCUCCAGUGAAGUGUGUCACAGCUCCUGAACCACCCAAACAAGUCAAAAAAGAGCCUGGGGAAUGUGAACCUCAAGGUUUGGCUCCCAAGCAGUUGACACAAACUUCAUUUACAGAUCAGACUCCUGAAACUGAGAACAGGGUUCCACUGUCAAAUCCUUCACUGGCAUCCAAAUGCAGUAACAUCCUACCAUCUGAGGAUCAUAUUCAGAAGCUAAAAGAAGCAGGAAAAGAUGGUGAUAAGCAGCUGAUCAUAGACGCAGGACAGAAGAGGUUUGGUGCCGUCUCCUGCAACGUCUGUGGGAUGCUUUACACGGCCUCAAACCCAGAGGACGAAACCCAGCACCUGCUCUUUCAUAACCAGUUCAUAAGUGCUGUCAGAUAUGUGGGCUGGAAAAAGGAGAGGAUCUUGGCUGAGUAUCCUGAUGGAAAGAUAAUAAUGGUCCUGCCGGAUGACCCCAAGUACGCGCUCAAGAAGGUGGAAGAGAUCAGAGAGAUGGUAGACAAUGACCUGGGGUUUCAGCAGGCUCCACUCAUGUGUUACUCCAGAACCAAAACUCUUCUCUUUAUUUCUAACGACAAAAAGGUUAUUGGCUGCUUGAUUGCAGAGCACAUCCAGUGGGGCUACAGAGUGAUCGAGGAGAAGGUUCCAGAGGUCAGCUCAGAGAAUGAGAAGGUGAUCUUUGAGAGGCAGAAGGCCUGGUGCUGCUCCACCUCCCCCGAGCCUGCCAUCUGUGGCAUCAGCCGCAUCUGGGUGUUCAGCAUGAUGCGGCGCAGGAAGGUCGCCUCCCGCAUGAUCGAGUGCCUCAGGAGCAACUUCAUCUACGGCUCGUACCUGAGCAAGGAGGAGAUUGCCUUCUCCGACCCCACUCCCGACGGCAAGCUCUUCGCCACCCAGUACUGCGGCACCGGACGCUUCCUGGUCUACAACUUCCUCAACGGCCAGCACCAGGCCUAGCCGCUCCCUGGGGAGGCCUCUGCCCGC